UCUAGUCUCUCUCCAGUCAGAGAAAAAUUACCCUACAAUCCGAGACACGAGACUCGAGCGGGAUGUGAUAAAUACUACACCUUUGAUAUCUAUCCACACAGCAACAAUAUCGAGGGAUUAUACGUUCAAGACGCGAUGACUGGAGUUUAAAGUGUUUUCAUGAUGCAGUUAUCGGAUUCUCUCACAGCAUUCAUCCUCAGCAAGGAUUUUUACCUGACUUCAGAAAACGCUGGUUGAAUGACAUCAUACUAAACGGAGAACUGGAUACUCGGCUCCUCAAUUCCACCAGCAUCCCCCUGUGGCCCUGUGGUGGAUUGCACGUUGGAUUAAAAACUUCCCAAGCCUGUGUGAACCAUGGAUGACCUAAUCGCCAGACACUACAACUUCACCGGGAAAUUUCGCAAGGUCGUCGGCGACCGCGGCCUCCGAGCCGACUCCGUCGUGUUCAUCAUCGUGUGCUGCUUCAUCAUUCUGGAAAACGUUCUGGUCCUCCUCACCAUCUGGAGGACCAAGAAGUUCCACAAGCCCAUGUAUUACUUCAUUGGGAACUUGGCUUUGUCAGAUCUGCUUGCCGGAGUGGUUUACACGGCAAACAUCUUGCUGUCAGGAGCCAACACUUACAAACUCACCCCCACCCAGUGGUUCUUCCGAGAAGGAAGUAUGUUUGUGGCUCUGGCCGCUUCGGUGUUCAGUCUACUGGCCAUCGCUAUCGAGCGACACCUGACCAUGCUAAAAAUGAAACUUCACAAUAAUGGCAAAACGUGCCGUGUGUUCAUGCUCAUCAGCACCGUGUGGUUCAUCGCCGCCAUCCUGGGCGGCCUUCCCAUCAUGGGUUGGAACUGCAUCGACAGCAUGGACAACUGCUCCACGGUGUUGCCUCUCUACCACAAGACCUACAUCCUCUUCUGCACCACCGUGUUCAGCGUCAUCCUCAUGGCCAUCGUCGUCUUGUACGCCCGCAUCUACGCCCUGGUUCGCACGCGGAGCCGCAAGCUGGUCUUCCGCAAGGUGGCCAACGGCCGCGGCUGCAACAAGAGCUCGGAGAAGUCCAUGGCGCUUUUGAAGACCGUCAUCAUCGUGCUCAGCUGUUUCAUAGCGUGUUGGGCGCCGCUCUUCAUUUUGUUGCUGCUCGACGUGGCCUGUCAGAUCCGCACCUGCCCCAUACUCUACAAGGCCGAGUGGUUCCUGGCGUUGGCCGUGCUCAACUCCGCAAUGAAUCCUCUUAUUUACACCCUGACCAGCAACGAGAUGCGCCGGGCGUUCAUCAAAAUGCUCAACUGCGGGAUCUGCAGCCUUCCGGCCGGGAAGUUUUCGAGGCCCAUCAUGGGCGCCGAGUUCAGCCGGAGCAAGUCUGACAACUCAUCCCACCCGAAUAAAGACGAGCCCGAAUAUUCGCCCAGGGAAACCAUAGUGUCCACUGGGAAUAUCACUUCUUCUUCGUAAAGACAAGAGACUUUAGAGGAACUACUGUGUAUUUUUUCGUCUUCAUUCAUAGCGAAUGUGUGUGUGGACGGUUGUGUUAGUUUUCAAGAUUUCAUCACACUUUUACCCUUCAGUAUCAGAACAAACAUAUAGGGAAGCACUUAACUAAUAAUUAUUCAGUGUUAUUCGUCCAUUUUGUAUACUUGUGGAGUGGAAACGAUCAGUUUAGAGCACUUUUUGGGGACUUUCUAAAACGGAUUGAAGUGAAACAUACUAGUUCGUCGUGGUCCGUACUACAUUGUCGAAAUUAAGAAAGAAAUACGAUUGCGAGGUACUUGUGUUUCUUCGAUUUAACACUGCGGUAUUAGGAUGAUCUUUUGCCCGGGAGAAUGUAUUUUGUAAAUGUAUUCCUUCGUCUUUCAACAAAUAAAGUUUUGUUGUAGAAGCUCAGCGUGCGUGUACAUUAGCUGUCAAUAUUAAUUUAUCUUGGAAACAGUUCGAAUACAUUUGAAACUUGGAGAGGGAUGGAGAAAAUUGUAAAUAUGUUAUUAUUUUACUUUUACAAUAGCGUGUCAUGUAUUAUACUGCUAUAUAGACUUUACAUUAAAUUACUGUCAGGGGCAGGUUUGUCUCUGCGGUGUAGCAUGAUGGCUCGCAUCUAUUGAAGUUAAUGUCAUGGGAUCUGAGAUUAUGCAUCACGCAUGUCCAAAUAAACCGUAAUGCUGAUCUGGUUUGUUAAUGCUUGUUUUUUCAUCCAUGUUCUUUAGAAAUACAGUUCAAUCAUGAGCCAGUUUUGUUCUUCUUCACUGUUGCACAUUGUAACAUCUAGUCGGUGUUUUGUUGUUUUAGUUGUUAAUAAAUAUCAAUGAUAAAAUCU